GAGACAGACAGACAGACAGACACACAUUACCAGAGUGACAGGAUGGGCGGCGGAAAGAAAGGUGGAGGAGGCAAGGGUGACAAGGGCGGCGCGAAGGGCGGCGGCAAGGGCGAGGCUGGAGGUGCCAAGGGGGGAGCUGACGGAGGCAAGGAGAAGAAAGGAGGCACGUCUGUUAAAGUGCGCCAUAUUCUGUGUGAGAAGCAAAGCAAGGUUCUAGAGGCCCUGGAGAAGAUCAAGGGUGGCCAGAAGUUUAAUGAAGUAGCAGCCACAUACUCUGAGGACAAGGCGCGCAGUGGGGGUGACCUUGGCUGGAUGACCCGAGGCUCUAUGGUGGGGCCAUUCCAGGACGCUGCCUUUGCCCUGCCUGUCUCCACCCUGGCCAACCCUGUGUACACCGACCCUCCCGUCAAGACCAAGUUUGGCUACCACAUCAUAAUGGUUGAGGGAAAGAAAUGACCGAUGCCUCCCUGGGGUCAACUUUGCUGUCACCCUGUGUAUUUUAAGUCUCAAUGCUUCUCGUCACAGUGUCGUCGCCUCACUCAAGGUGUUCUGCUUGACUGGUGUUGUUUUGUUAUAGUCUGUAUUAGGGUUAACACUGUGUGAAAUGCUGUUUUAACAUGUCUUGGAUGUUUAUCAUGUUCUUUAUUGCUUAUGCCAAGGAUAAUGUUUAAUUUUUCUACCUGUUUUAUGCUUUCUCAUGAUAGCAAAUGUUCUCUACCUUAUUUGUGACUCAAGUGAAUGACUUACAAUAUUAAGACAGCGUUCCAUCACUGGUGUUGUAGAGGGAGUUUGAGUUUCACCUUUAGUAACAGUGUGUUCUUGUUUUCAUCACUGUGACUUCAAUCUUUACCAUCUUUUGAUUUGAUGCUCAAGUUAAAUCUAAAGAAUAUAAAUAAGUCAACAAGUAAAAAGAAAUAAAGAUCAAGUGAAGUAUUUGCUCAGAAUCUUUAUCUUUUUUAACUGAUGCUUGAGUUCAGUCAAAAUAAUUCAAUAAGAAAAGAGAAAUAAAAAUUAAGUCAGAUAUUUGCUCUUGCUCAGAAUCUAUCAUUUUAAUUUGAUGCUGAGUUGAAUCUAAUAGUAAGUAAAAAGAAUAAAAGUCAAGUCAGAUAUUCCUGUACACACCUGACAUAAGCCACCAUUGUGAAUCUUCUGCCUUCUAACAAAGCACUGUCAACUAAGAAUUAUAUUGUUAAUGUAGAA